AUGUCAGAUAACAAACUACCAGGAAUUGCAACAGAUGCAGUAUUGGUCAAGUCUGAACCUGUUCCGGAUGAUUUUGUAGAAGUUAAGGGGAUCGACUACUCCAAAGACUCCGCAUACAACAUGAGAGCCACCGAUUUAAUUGACUCUAUGAAGACCAUGGGGUUUCAAGCAUCUAGUUUAGGAAAAGCUUGUGAUAUUAUCAACAGUAUGAGAGAAUGGAGAGGUAAGCACAUAGAUUCUCUUCCAGAGCACGAAAGAGGUGGUGAAUUUGACGAAGAUGGAGUGCAAAAGACAACCAUAUUCAUGGGGUUCACCUCGAAUUUGAUUUCUUCUGGUAUCAGAGACACCUUGAGAUAUUUGGUGCAGCACAAAAUGGUAAGUGCAAUUGUUGCCAGUGCCGGAGGAAUAGAAGAAGAUCUUAUCAAAUGUUUGGCACCUACCUACAUGGGAGAAUUUAGCUUACCUGGGAAGGGUCUUAGAGAUAAGGGAAUGAAUAGAAUUGGUAACUUGUUGGUACCAAACGAUAACUACUGUAAAUUUGAAGAAUGGAUUGUACCAAUUUUAGAUAAGUGUUUAGAAGAACAAGAGGCUGAAAUGACCAAAUUAGGCUCGGAAGGAAUGAAUGCAGGCUCAGGAGCUUGCUGGACUCCAUCAAAAUUGAUUGAUAGACUUGGAAAGGAGAUCAAUGAUGAAUCUUCUGUGUUGUACUGGGCCCAUAAGAAUAAGAUUCCAAUUUUCUGUCCUGCAUUGACCGAUGGUUCCAUUGGGGACAUGUUAUUUUUCCAUACGUUCAAGGCCCUGCCACAGCACUUGAGACUAGACAUCGUUGAGGAUAUCCGCAAGAUCAACUCCAUGUCUAUGGAAGCCAGUCAGGCCGGUAUGAUAAUCCUUGGAGGAGGGUUAAUCAAGCAUCACAUUUGCAAUGCCUGUUUGAUGAGAAACGGUGCUGACUACGCUGUCUAUAUUAACACCGGUCAAGAAUUCGACGGUUCAGAUGCAGGAGCCAGACCUGACGAAGCGGUUAGUUGGGGUAAAAUCAAGGCUGAUGCAUCACUGGUCAAGGUGUACGCCGACGUUUCUGUGGUGCUCCCAUUGAUUGUUGCUGCAACCUUUGCAUCCAAGAGACCAUAG